AUGAGGCGAGCCUGGCGAAGCUGGCAAAGCACACACGCGCCACAAACGCAAUCAUUUUCAACGUCCGCACCGCGAAAGGAGAUUCGGAGCAUCACUGAGCUUCCGCCACGUGUGCAUCCAAAGUUUCAAGAGACGAGCAACCAUGAACUUUUGGCCUUGCAGUGGCCCUCUCCGCCCCGGAACGUACUGCUGGUGUGCAAGGACGACGAUACCGAAGUCGGCAGCGCCUUGAGCGAAUACGCGAACCACAUUCACGAGGUCUAUCCAGGCUCAUCGUUGAUAUUUGAGCCCGAGGUUGCGAAACAGAUUCAUGAAUCCUUCUCUUUCCCCAUCUACGCCACCAACGGCGAAGGAAACAGCGCAUAUCAGGAGAAUGUAGACCUUACGUCCACCCUAGGCGGUGAUGGCACUAUCCUUCAUGCAGCCUCUCUCUUCGCCACGGCCAAGAGCGUGCCUCCCAUCCUAUCCUUCAGCAUGGGCACCUUGGGCUUUCUAGGAGAGUGGAAGUUCAACGAGUACAAACGAGCCUUUCGCGAGGCCUUCGUUUCAGGAGCGCCUUCUCCUUUACCUCCAAGGAGCACUGACGAGCCCGAAACCAAGGACAGGCCUCAAGGAUGGGUCCAAAUGCGCGGCAAAUCGAUGGGAGCAUCUCGCAACUCCAGGAUUUUGCUACGCAAUAGGUUGCGAAUUGGCAUAUUCGACUCGAAUGGACAGCGCCUUCCCCAUGAACCGCCGUUCGCUCACGCGGACAACAAAUGUGAGGACAUUUUCGCGUUGAACGAGGUCCUUUUGCACAGGGGUGCCCUGCCACAUCUUUCGCAUAUCACAAUUCUGAUUGGUUCUCCGCCACAUCAGCGUACCUUGACGACAGCUAUUGCAGAUGGGUUUCUGGUUUCGACCCCUACUGGUUCGACAGCAUACAGUCUGUCAUCUGGUGGCUCUAUUGUGCAUCCAUUGGUGUCCUCCAUUCUUCUGACACCCAUUUGCCCUCGAUCGUUGUCUUUCAGGCCUCUGGUCUUGCCUGCAAACACUCCCAUAACACUACGCAUCGAUCAGGAGAACCGCGGCAAAGAGAUUGAAGUCUCAGUCGAUGGUGUGCGGCGACAGAAGGGUCUGAGAUCCGGCAUGGAGGUUAGAGUGGUUGGUGAAGAAGUGCGGUCGCAAGGAGCGCCGGGUGAGAGAGACUGGCUGCGUGGCGUCCCCAGCAUUGUCAGAUCUGGUGGUGCAGCAGACGGCGAGGAUCAUUGGGUUGGGGGUUUGAACUCGUUGUUGAAGUUCAACUAUCCUUUUGGCGAGGACAGCUGA